AUGCCCUCUUCGCUCGCAUCGAUACCGCAGGCGCAGCUGCCAUCCAAGUACCGCGAUGUCGUCAAACUCGCUCUGCAGCCGCGUCAGACGCGUGCCUUUGUGCUAGCCGCCAUCACCUGGCACCUCUGCCUCUGCGCCGCCCUGUUCGGUACGGUGCGGAUGGUGGUUUCGCCAUCGACGCUGGUGGUCAGCGCUGCAUCGUUCGGCACCGCCAUCUUGCCGUUGUUGGCUCGACGCAAGCGCGGGUGUGCGCGCAUCACGUCGGCGCCACCAAAGACGCCAUCUUCGAGGACAGCACAACUCACAGCUGCUUUGGCGCACGCUGACUCGGGAAGGGCGGUUACACAGCAUACGGCGGCAUUUGUUGUGCUGGCACUUGGGUAUACGGCAUUGUUGACGGCAAGGACCGAGGGAUGGGCGCCCCAGAUCUGGGUCGAGUCGCACGCGGCGUUCUACCUCAACGAACGCUUUCUCUAUCUGCUCGGCCACUCGGCACUGCUCGGUGCAGUCUAUACGGUGGUAUUCCGAUGUCUCCCUUCGCCUGAUACCACGGCGCUGCCGGCAUUCGACGCCAAGAUGCUCACGACAGACGCACGCGUGACGAUCAAAGACCGCGUGGUCGCCCUGGCCUCGUCGCGCCUACCGCUCGCACUGGUUGCCGCAACACUCGCAUCGAUAACGAGCGUGGUGGUGUAUGCGGCGGUGCGCGUGCGCGUGUGGAGCAGCGUGCUGCUGGUCGUUGGCAGCCGCGGCCUGCUGCGCCGUUUGCUCGUCCCGUCGUUCCGCCUGGAGUUUGGUACGCUCGAGGUGGGGGUGCGCACGACGCUGUUCAGUGUAGCCGCGGUGUGUGCGGUCGAAACAGCGUACGUGCUGCUGGAUGUGUACCUCACGCAUCCGCUCGUGGCGCUCAGCAAGUACGCGCGGAACCCGACGCGGAUGUUGGUCGACGGGAUCGAAGAGCCGCUCGUGUUUUUCGCCAGCCACGCGUUUGCAGAGCUGGCACGGCUCAGUGCCCAGGAUGGCGAGGUGCGCGCAGCGGUGUACAGGGACGUCAACUCGGACGCCACGGCGUGGAUCCAGAUCAGGGACAGGUGUCUGAAGCUGCUCGAGGAGCAGAGGCAGUUUAUCGCGCGCAGAGGCGUAGUGGAGGCAGCCAAGCCAGCAGCGCCAGCAGCGGCACAGCAAGCACCGCAACAGCAAAGCGCAGCGCAGCCAACACGAACCAUCUGGGACCAGCUCGCGUCGGGACAAUCGACGCCCAGCAGCAGUGCGUCACCCGCGCAGACGAGCAGGACUGCCCCGACGACUGCUGCCGCUGCCGCUGGUGCUGGCAAGGCCCCGAGCCCAGCGCCUGUCGUGAGCAUCGCCAACGCAAGCCGGCUGGCGCAUGCGCUAGUCUCGACUGCAUGGCGACUGGUACCUUCGGAUGCCAAGCACGUUCUCUUUGGUCCUCGUCGACGCCAACUACUGCUGGGCGACUCACCGGCCUCUGACGCGGCGUCGAUAGUGGGCCGCGAUGCUCAGCGCACCGUCGGAGCCGUGGUGGCACUCAAGUCUCUCCUCUGCCACAGCCUUGCCGAAGACGCGUACGGUGUAGUGCAGAAGGACAUCCGACGCGUGCUCGUGGCGCUCGUGGAGCUCGACUGCGAGAUCCGACGCUUGGGACUCGAGCUCGAACAGCGCGCUCGCGACAUCGACGAGCAGCUCGCCAAGCAGCAAGCCGCCGAGCCCAACACGCAGGCAGCAGCGAGGAGCGAGUACCAGCAACAGCUCAGUACGGCCUGGAGCAGCAGCGGCGCCGAGAGCGUCGAUACCGCCCUCACUGCCGCCAUGCGCGAGAUCCUGGAUACGUUCGCCCAGUUUGAUCUGCAGCUCGGCACGCCGCUCGAGGUGCAGCUCGCAGAGUGUCUGGGUUGA